AUGACCAAGCAGGUGCCGGUGACGGUGCUCACGGGCUUCCUCGGCGCGGGCAAGACGACGCUGCUCAACUACAUCUUGACGCAGAACCACGGCAAGCGUAUCGCGGUCAUCGAGAACGAGUUCGGCGAAGAGAUCGGCGUCGAGAGCCUCAUUGCGCGGGACGGCGCCGAUGGCGAGACGUUCGCCGACUUCUACGAGCUCAACAAUGGCUGCAUCUGCUGCGCCGUGCGCGACGACCUGGUCUCGACGCUGGAAGAGCUCCUCACUCGGCGGGAUCGCUUCGACUACGUGCUCGUCGAGACCACCGGCAUGGCGGACCCUGGCAAGCUCGCGUCCAUCUUCUGGGUCGACACGGAGCUCGAAGGCCGCAUCGUACUGGAUGGCAUCGUUACGGUCGUGGACGCCAAGAACGUCGCGUUGCACCUCGAUGGCGACGAGCACGGCCAACGCCAAGAGGCGCUGUCGCAGAUCGCGUACGCGGAUCGCAUUCUCAUCAACAAGGCCGACCUCGUACCGUCCAUGACGGACCGCGACGCGCUCGAGGCGCAGCUCCAUGGCAUCAACGCCAUCGCGCCCCUCAUCUGGACGGAGCGAUCGCAAAUCGACUUGGACGCGAUUCUGAACGUUCAAGCCUUCUCGUCCGAGCGCGCGCUCGACGUCGAGCGGUUCUUGGCGGCGACGAACCAGACGGUGAGCAGCGACCACGCGCGCCAAGUGAGCACGUACUGCAUUCGGAGCGACGCGUCAGUGACAAUCGCCGCGAUGGAGCGCUGGCUGGGCAGCCUCUUGUGGGAGUCGGAGGAGUCGAGCCACUACUACCGCAUCAAGGGCAUCGUCUCCGUCGUCGACGACGACCGCAAGUUCAUUCUGCAAGGCGUCCAAGACCUCUUUGAGCUCACGCCAAGCGAGCCUUGGGCCGUCGACGAGCCGCGCGUCACCAAGAUCAUCUUUAUCGGUCUCGAGCUCCAGCCCGAGAUGCUCGAGGCGGGCUUGCUGUCGGCGUCGCAAGAGUCGGACUAA